UUGGAGAAUUUUCAUAUGAACUUAUCUCAUGCCCAAGUGGGAAGACUAAUAACUAAAGGAAAGCCCCAAAAUGAUGGCAAAGCAAAAGAGUGGAGGAAGCAAACCGUCCACACUUUCAACCGUAAAGCAAUUAUAUUUCCCAACACAAAUUCCCUCCUUUUUUUUUAAUUUUCCUACACUUACUUUAUUCAGAAAUCAAAACAAAUUGGAACACUAAAAUAGAAAGAUUCCCAUCUUGUAAACGAUUUCCAUUUUUAAUUUUCUCCUUCUUUUCUUCAUACUAUUUUAGCAAUAUUCAUUAAUGCAUUACUAAAUAACAAUAACUAAAGAAGAAGAGAAGAGUAGUAUUUUCUGGGCAAAGAAAACUAAGCAAAGAUGGAGUAUGGAUGAAGAAGACUAUCCUCAAAAUCCAAAUUAAUACCUUGCUUAAUUCUUUGCUUUUUGUCCCAUGAAUUAUAACAGAAAACUAAGAAAACUAACCAAGAAAUCAUCCCUUGGUAGAUUUGCAUUGGAAUUUUGGUGAUGUUGAUGGAGAAGAUAACCUAGAAUUGGUAAUGGUAGUUGAAGUGUCAUAACAUAAUUGAAGGGCCUUAUUUUUAGAAUUUGUUCCUAAAAAAUAGUAUAGUUUCUAUUUAACAAAUGGUAUUGCAAAUUGCAAUUGGGUUGGAGAUUCAUUUGUGAAGGUGCUUUUGAUACCAAAAUGUGUUCACAAUAAGGUGCUUCAUAGGCAUGGAAACUGUGCAGCUUUCAUCUCAAAAAAUGGAUGUGAAUGGUGGGUUUUUCCUUCGAAAACUAGCAUUAUGUAGGAUUUGCCAUGAUGAAGAUGAAUCCACAAACAUGGAAGCGCCUUGCGCUUGUUGUGGUAGCUUGAAGUAUGCUCAUCGUAGAUGCGUACAAAUGUGGUGCAAUCAAAAAGGCAACACGAUCUGUGAAAUAUGUCUUCAGCCAUUCAAGCCUGGAUAUACGGUGCCACCCCCUAGAUUGCCCUUUGCUAUCAUUCCAGUGCCUUUAAGGGAACCUUGGGAAUUUGCGAGCCGUAAUCAAUAUGAUCAUCCGUCAUUAGUUGCUGCUGAAACUUUCUUUGAUCAUAGGCUGGAUGAUUAUACGGCUCCCACUGCAAGCAUAAUCUGUUGCCGGGUUGUUACAAUAAUAUUCUUGGUGAUGAUUGUUCUACGUCAUACUCUUCCUAUCGUUAUGGACGGAGCUGGAGAAUAUUCUUUUACCUUGUACACACUAUUGAUGUUGAGGACCAUUGGGAUUGUGCUGCCUAUGUUUGUCAUGCUUAAAGCAUGCAGUAUCAUUCGCAAUCAUCGGAGGCAUCGACAGACACCAGCGACUUUAUAUCGUUCAACAUCUGACGAAGAUAAUGAGCUAGUACGGCCAGAUAUUCCCGCUCAUGUUAUUAGAAUUCAGUAAACUCCAUGAACAUCUGAUGCAAAUGCCUUCAUACGACUGACCAGAAGCUAACUGCUAAUCUAUCCCCACGAACAUUUUCUCGUCUAACAAUGGAAUAUGGAUUGUAUCAUCGUAUGUAUAUAUCUUGGACAAGCAGGACUCAGAUUGACGGUGAGCUAUUGUGGAAGUCUCAGCAGCAAGACGGGUGCGCUCUCUGAAGUCUACGACCGUACGACUGGCAUCCGAGAGGAAAUUGUGCCUCAGGUUGUGCAGAUAUUGUAGAUUGUAGUAUCUGUAUAUAUGAAAUCUCAGAUUUUAGAAUUGUUAAUAGUAUGAAUAUCAUUUCCUUUGGUGUAAUUUCCAAGCAAAAUUGCCUACAUAAAAUGAAUUUCCUAACUCCAAUACGUUCAUUCUGAAUGAAUGAGAAAUUAUUUAACUUUAACUGAAUAGAAUUGAAUGAUAGUACCCCUUGCAUAGGACACCUAACGAUAUUGAAAAAUCAAAGGAAAAGGAACUCAUGAAAGCUAAUACUCCCUGUCUCACAAUAUUUGCUACAAAUACUUACGGUAGAGGUGUUCAUUCGGGUUAUCGGGUUGAUUUCUGGUUUUGUAUCCUUAUUGUUUUUUUACAUAAUUGUAAAUUAUUUUUGAAGUCGGGUCAAAUCGGGUUCGGUUACAAGGUCGGCUAACUUUCGAAUUAUUGGGUCUGUUUUGAACACUCCUAUGUGGUAAUAUAAAGGAGUAGGAGAAAAAAGUGGUGUUUUAUGAAAAAGUGAGAGAAAUAUGUAAAGAUGUAA